AUGCCCGCAAUUUACAAGAAGGCGAAGAAAGUCCUUCUUUUCGUGAGACUUAUCGGCUACUCCCUGCGCCUCUUUGCGGAUUUCUUUGCGCGUGCCUACACGACUAAGAAGAUCGCCUCCAACACAGCAUCCAAGGAUGCAACCACGGAAACCAUCAACAUCGUUAUUGUCGGCGCAUCAUUCGCAGGAUAUCAUGCCGCCCGGCUCAUUGCAUCGUCGCUCCCAACGGAUGGCCCUUAUCGCCUGAUCAUCAUUGAGCCAAACAGCCACUGGCAGUUCACGUGGACUCUGCCACGAUUCUGCGUAGUCGAGGGCCAUGAGGCAAAGACUUUUAUUCCCUACGGCCCCUAUCUCCCUGCCGAAUCUUCCUCGAUUGUGCGAUGGAUUCAUGACCGGGUAUCAACCAUCAGUGAGAAGAUAGUCACGAUACAAGGAACCGGCGAGGAGAUUCUUUACUCUCACAUGGUUAUUGCUACCGGGUCAGGGGUCGGCAUGUCAUUGCCUUCAAGAGUUGGUUCGACGGAUAAAAGCCAAGGCGUCAAGCUUUUGCAAGAGUUCCAGCAGCGCAUCAAGACUGCAAAGCAUCUGGUCGUGGUUGGUGGCGGUGCUGCCGGCGUUGAACUUACUACAGACGCAAAGGAUCAAUAUCCUGAGAAGAGCGUGACUCUGGUUCAUUCAAGGGAUGCUGUCAUGAACCGUUUUGGCCCUGAACUUCAGGCCGGGGCUCGCAAAGGUCUGGAAGAUCUCGGUGUUCAAGUCAUCCUAGGCGAGCGCACAACCACUGAUGCCCCAGUCGAUGGGUUCGUUACCCUUCGAUCUGGUCGAAAGCUCGAGUGUGACUUCUUGGUCAACGCCAUUGGCCAGCAACCAUCCUCUCACUUGGUGAGGGAGCUCGCGCCCGAUGCCAUCGCCAAAUCAGGGCGCAUCAAGGUCAAGCCGACAAUGCAGAUUAACGUAGACUCACUUCCCAACAUCUAUGUCUGUGGUGAUGUUGCUGAAACAGGAGUCACGAACCCGAACGCCCGUUCAGCUAUGAAGCAGGCCAUGUUUGCCGCGGAUAAUCUUGUACUUUCUCUUCAAGGGAAGAAACCAUCAUAUCUCUAUCAUCCUGCUUGGGCUGAUGCAGUGAUCAAGUUGACCUUAGGCCUGCACAAAUCCAUUACCGCUUUCGGCAGCGGUGACACUGAACUAUUGAUCAAUGGAAAGGAGAAGGAAGUAACCUUGAUGAUCAAACGAACGUGGCAACAUAUGGGGGCUACCCCAUACGAAGACAAGGAAAGCAAUCCGAGUCGCGCAAAGGAGCCCGCUGCGGACAAAGCUUUGGAACUGAAGAAUGAAGUUGUCUAG